AUGCUCCAAGAAACACACUUUAAAGAAGGCGCAGCUCCCCAGUUGCAUGACAGGUCUUACCCGAGCAACUAUUUCUGCAGCCAUCAGACAGCCCGCAAAUCCGGAGUGGCCAUCGUAAUAGCAGCAGACCUAGAACUCCAGGAACUGGACCAAGUCCAAGAUACACAAGGGCACUUCCUCUUCCUGAAGGGGCUUAUAGCGGACGAAAUAUACACGCUUGCGACUAUGUCACCAACAGACGCCAAGCUUCAUUCCUCAAAGGUGCAUUAGCUAAACUAAGGGACUUUGCGGAGGGCGUGUUAAUAGUGGGGGGUGAUUUUAACUCCCCACUAGAUCCAACACUGGACUCUUCCUCGGGACACAGCUGUAUCCCCCAAUUAUGCAUCAGAUCUAUUUGACACGCGCUGAACGAACUGGGGCUGGUUGAUUGCUGGGGGACCCUCAAUCCAUCUGGUAAAGAUUAUACACAUUAUUCCGCUCUCCAUAACCGUUAUGCAUGUAUCUACUACCUCUUCAUCAAACAGGAGGGCCUUUCUCACCUAUUAAAGGCCAACAUUGAACCAGCUACGUGGUCAGACCACGGCCCGGUUAGAAUAGACCUGAAAUCACCUCUGUUCCAACCCUCCACCUGAACCUGGAGGCUAAACGAAGCACUACUCUUGGACCCGGUGACACGGGAACAGAUUGACCUAGAUCUCUAUUUCUGAGAAAAUUACCUAGCAGAAACAUCACCUAUCACACUGUGGGAGGCACACAAGAGCGUAAUUCGCGGAACGCUCAUACGCAUUGCCUCUCAGAAGAAGAAGGCGGCAACCCAGGAGAUUGCGGAGCUCCAUAAAUCCAUCUCGAAGCUGGAGCAACAACACAAAAGAUCCCACCUAAACGCAAUAUACGGCGAACUCAUGGAGGCCAGAAGAACAUUGAGGGACCUAAUACUGAAAAAACACCUUCGCUCGUUACAACACUCAAAAGGUUUUUACUAUGCCCAUGCUAACAAAGGGGGCAAACAUCUGGCGCACCUCCUGAAGGGCACAGUGCCCUGCAUCCAAAUACGUAAACUACGCAUCGGGCACCAUCUCCCCCUUGCCACAGGAGAUAGCGGAGGAGUUCAAGAACUUUUACCAGGUCCUCUAUAA